AUGACCCGCCAUGAUCUUCUUGUCCUCGACACCAUUGAAACGAGUGAAUACAUGUCAGGAGAGUUAUCGGAUGACGUGCUACCCUCACAGGUGCAUCCUUCAUAUCCAUACGGCAAUCCAACUCAUAUCAAGCACCCAUCUUCCAAACCUCGGCCCGGAUACGAUCCAACAUCUCGUGCAUUGUUCGAAGAUAUGGGCUAUUCUGGUGGUGGGGUAAAUGGCUCGCUUCGUUGGCGCGAUCUUGGUCUCGACGAUUUACUUCCGGUAGAUGAGAGUAAAGAAGAAGCGCGAAGGGCAAUUCAAGCCCGUAAGAUGGCCAGCGGUUCUUCGAAUCAGAAUCCGCCAGGACAACAACAAGCCUACCCCACUCAGGGUCAGUUAGAUGCGAGUAAUGAUGAAGAUCUUGAAGAGGAAGAGGAAGACGAAAAUGAUGAAAAUAACAACGACACCAUGGAAGAAAUCGAAGAGGUUGAAGAAGAGGAGGAACCUGAGGAAGACGAGGCGGAGAUCGAAGAAGAGAGUGAAGGAGAUGAUGAGUAA